UCGUGAGCUCCGCACACCCAGAUGGCCAGAUUCUCUCCUCUCUCUCUCUCUCUCUCUCUCUCUCACACACACACAGUGGAGAAAUCUAUAACAUCUACAUUGAAUCUCCGAAGCUUCUCUCCUCUCUACCUCCUCUCUCCUUUCGACAACCAAAGAUGAAUUGCUAGUCAUUGUUUGGUGGGCUGGUGUAGGAUGCUCUGUUGGAAACAUCUUUCCGUCAAGGAGGAGGAUGGGAUGCACUUCUUCUUCGUCCAUCUCUUCCAAAAUGUACACUACAGUUGGGAGGAAGAAGAAGAAGGUGAACAUCCCAGAAUUCACCGUCUUCGUCCCUCCUUUGCGCGUUCCUGUGGAAUCGGAUUUCCAACUGCCUCUCAAAGGGAUUCUUCCUCGACAACUCGUCGAUAGACUCUCGACACACCGCGGUCGGAUUGUGUCGCUUGCAGAGGAUAUUGGUGGUCCUGCUCUUACUGAAUUAAAGCGAGCUCUGGAUGACUACUUGCCUGUUCUUCUUGGCUUGACAAAAGCAGAAUAUGGGCUAGAAGAGUUGGUCGAUUUCAAGUGGAAAAUUCUACAAGAUCGAAGACAAGAAGCCUUCUGCUUGGAAAACUCUUGGUUUGAAGUGCUCUCUAUCAUCCAUAUGUUAGCUGUUCUAUCGCUAUCAGAGGCUAAUUCCUUGCUUAUUCCUAAAGAUCACAUGGAUACUUGUGAAAGGAAUGUGUCAGAAGAGUACAAGAAGGAUGCUAUUGAUUUAUUGCUGAAGGCAUCGGGGUACUUGGAAUUAUGUAAUCGGGAGAUUUUAACUCGCCUACCAUUUGAAAUCAAGAACAGGUUACCAGUAGAUCUGCAGAGUGGUGCUUUGGAGGCUAUGUUCAUCCAGGCAUUAGGCCAGGUAACUGAAAUGCAACUAGGGAUAGCUGUGGAAAGUCAAAAGGCUACUUUGUCUGUAAAGAGGAGGUUGGCAUGUGAACAACUAAAUUAUUUUGCUCAGGCUCAUAACAGCUUGUCUGAAUGUAAUAUCACUCAUGGAUACGGAAAGAAGCAUCUCUUGUUCAUCAAAUGGAAAUACCUGGAAGCAAAGGCAGCAGCUUACUACUACCAUGGCCUGAUACUUGACAAAGGUAGUGAGCCAUCUUGUCACAUUAGUGCUGUUUAUUGUUUCCUUGCUGCAGAGGAACUUCUAGCUGAUAGCAAGAAGGCCUGCAUAACAUUCUCCAUAGCAGCACCAGUAACCAGGGCCUCUCCAGUUUGGGGUGUAAUGAAGCAUUUGCAUCAGAAAAUUCCUGAGGUUGCAUCGAGGAAGUCUCAGAUGUAUGGUUACCUCUUAGACCAAGAAAAGGCUCUCCAAACAUUGCCUGACCUUCCUGAUUUUGCAUUGUCCUUGAGACCCGAUGACUACAAGUUGCCAGAAAUUGAUCUCGCAUGGGAUAGUGACAAAUGGGAAACCCAGGUUCAGACCCUCAAGGAGCAUCUCAAAGAUGUGGAAGAUGAGACGGAAUCUGAAUGACCCUGAAUAGUGAAUUCUUUUUUUGUCUUUCUAGAGAAUGUAUACUACCUGUUUUUAAUUUCGUUAGAUUUUGAAAAUCAAGCACAACCUGUGAACCAAAUGCUUUAUAAAUUUAACAGAUUUUAUUUAUU